UCAAAGUUGAUAAAUGCUUAGCCUUUUUUCGCACCAGGCCACAGGCACGAGGCUUGCGCUUGCCCCUUCGAUAUUUGCUCCUAAAACGUUGCUAAUUAUGGACGCAAAAAACCAUCAGCAGUCUGAUCAGGUUCUCCGUGAACUUAACGCCAUGAGGGAGCGUUCAGAGCUGACUGACGUGGUUCUGGAGGUAGAAGGGAGAAGUUUCCCAUGCCAUCGGGCCGUCCUGGCAUCGUGCAGUCCCUACUUUCGUGGCAUGUUCACCAGCGGCUAUGCGGAGGCCAAACAGGAAAGGGUCACUAUCAAGGAAGUAAACAAGGUAGCCAUGGCAACCAUUCUGGACUACGCCUACACCGGACGCCUUCAGACGGAGCCAGACCAGGUCCAGGCUGUGAUGUCUGCAGCCAGACUGUUCCAGGUGGAUUUUGUAUGUCGUAAGGCAGCAGAUUACAUGAAGGACCAUCUGGACGUGUCCAACUGUGCAGAUGUGUUGAUGUAUGCUGACAUGCUGGAGGACCUCACCCUGAAGGAGGCCAGUGAGAGGUACAUUGCAUUCAGGUUCAACCAGGUGGCUCUACAACCAGCCUUUCUCAAGUUGCCACUUCCCCUGCUCCAGUCACUGAUUAACAGGGAUGACUUAAUGACCAACUCAGAAGACAAAAUUGUGCAAGCUGCUCUGAGAUGGAUUGAAUUUGACAAAGAAGAACGCUUGCAGCACCUUCCUGCUCUGUGCAGAUGCUUCCGCCAUCCCUUCAUCAGCUCAAACCAACUUGCCGAAGUGGAAAGUACACGUGAGUGCCUGCCAACAGACUGCAAGCUGGCUUACAGUGACAGCACAACCCAACGUCUGGGACAGACAGGAACAGAAAUGCAGAUUUUCCCAGGACUGGUAAGAGAAGGCUCCACAAAACGUGGAAUCCAGUGGGUUGCUCCUUGCUAUGAUGCUUCCACAGGUGAACUGUAUGCAAUUGACGUACCUGACAACCUGGAGAACUUUUCUAUGACAGCCACUCCUGACAAUGAGCUGUACCUGGCAGGGGGCAUCAACAACAUCAACAGCAUCAGCAGGUUUGGUUAUGGUGCUCAGAGGAAGUUCUACCAGUACAACCAUCAGUUAAACAGCUGGGAAUCAAGGCAUGAGAUGAAGUCACCUAGAAUCAGGUGUGGUCUGGUGUAUCUGAAGGGCUACAUCUAUGCCAUUGGUGGUGAUGUCAAAAAGAAAACAGUGGAGAGGUAUGACCCCAGUUGUGAUGAGUGGACCUCGAUACGACCUAUCCCUCGCCCCGUGACCUCAGACUUUUGUGCAGUGACUCUCGAUGACAGCAUCUAUGUCAUUAGUAAGGAAGGCUGCUACUGCUUCAGUACCACAGAGAACAAGUGGAGCAAGAUAGCAGACAUGAUUCAACCACCAUUGUGUCCUCAGGCCGUCACGUAUCAAGGGAUCAUCUACUGUAAAGACUGUCACAAAGAAAGUGGAUACCAGUCCUCAAAUGGUGUAGAAGUGUACAACCCCACAAUUGGUGAGUGGAAGUUGUCCGGGAACGGCUCUUAUUCCUUCGACAAGGCAACUCUGAUGGAAUAUGGAGAUACUUUGUACCUCCUCACUGGACACAACAAUGAGCAAAGCCAAUUAAACACGAUUUACGUAUACAAGUAUCUGCCAGAGACAGACUAUUGGCUGUAUCUGAUAGACAAUGGCAAGCUGGUACCCCCUUUGGUACGGCGAUUGGGUUCUGGGAUGAGCACAGAUUGCUUGACAACAAGGAUGAUCCCACAGUGCCUUGACCAGGAUUCAGAUGCAUAUGAGGAACUGGACCCGUUCGAAGCUUUGUGCACGAGCAGUUACUCUGAGUCAUCUGAAAGCGAAACCUCGUAUGACAGUAUCACAGGAGAUUAAGUUAAUUCACCAACAAUAAUGUCUUGAAUACAGAGCAAAAGAAAAGUUUUGAAAACUCAAACAUGUUGCCCUGCCAACAUUCCGUAGCUUAAGUAAUGAGAAAUACUGGACAGGUCAUCUGGUGAGAUAGCAAAAUGUCUUAACACUGGAAAGACUUCAAAUCUAAGAAUUUGGAAAUCUAAUCAGCCUUGUAUUUCAGGUUGUACACAAUCAGCCUUGUAUUUCAGCUUGUACACAAUCAGCCUUCUAUUUCAGCUUGUACACAAUCAGCCUUGUAUUUCAGGUUGUACACAAUCAGCCUUCUAUUUCAGGUUGUACACAAUCAGCCUUGUAUUUCAGGUUGUACACAAUCAGCCUUGUAUUUCAGGUUGUACACAAUCAGCCUUGUAUUUCAGCUUGUACACAAUCAGCCUUCUAUUUCAGGUUGUACACAAUCAGCCUUGUAUUUCAGCUUGUACACAAUCAGCCUUCUAUUUCAGCUUGUACACAAUCAGCCUUGUAUUUCAGGUUGUACACAAUCAGCCUUCUAUUUCAGGUUGUACACAAUCAGCCUUGUAUUUCAGGUUGUACACAAUCAGCCUUGUAUUUCAGGUUGUACACAAUCAGCCUUCUAUUUCAGGUUGUACACAAUCAGCCUUGUAUUUCAGGUUGUACACAAUCAGCCUUCUAUUUCAGGUUGUACACAAUCAGCCUUCUAUUUCAGGUUGUACACAAUCAGCCUUCUAUUUCAGGUUGUACACAAUCAGCCUUGUAUUUCAGGUUGUACACAACUUCAAAUCAUUAAUAUUUGCGUGUGUUGUAAAUCAGACUCGGUAUUACAUGAGGCUGCAUGAACAUGUACAGGCAACUUUUAUGCACUUUGUACAUGUAUAUUACGUUUACUUGACAGCAUGCAUGUUAUUCUUAAGCAAUUUGCUAUAUAUGACAUAUAAUUAAACAUUUCAAAAGCCAAAGGGUUACUAAUGACUACCAGGAAAAAUUAGAUAAAAAACACAUAGCUCAUUUAGAUCAGGACAGAAUCAGUUGAUUGAUUGUAUGUUAACAGAAAUUUUUAUGAUUUCUUUCCCUGUACUUACUGUUCAUGUGCUUUUCCUCUGCUGAUGAACUAGGUAACAGGUCUUUGAAUUCUGAAGAAAUUUCAUUGUGCUUACUAACCAUGUGGUUAGCUCUGUACUAAUUCUUUAAGUUUCAUACAUUGAAGAUUAAGAAGUAUUGGCAAUCUCUUAAUGGCUAUGUUUAAUAAUGUCAGUAGUUAACAUUUUCAUGUGUUCACAAUGAUGUUUAGUGCUUAUUGUUCCAAAUGCAAAUUUUUCC